AUGUUUGCGCCAAAUAAAGCCUCCAAUGGGGCACCUAAAAGCAUCGCGCCGUAUGACUUUGAUAAGAAGGACCCCGGAAACUUGAAGCGACGGGCGGUGGAUAAUCUGCGUCGGAUGAAGGUCAUCUGCGUUGGCGCCGGGAUGUCAGGCAUUAUAACUGGUAUUCUGUUUCCGAGAGCUGUCGAGAACUUAGAUCUGGUGAUCUAUGAGAAGAACGAGGAGCUGGGAGGUACAUGGUAUGAGUCAAGAUACCCCGGGGUCGCAUGCGACGUUCCUAGCCAUGCCUAUCAGUUCACGUUUGAGAACAACACUCAGUGGAGUCGAUACUGGGCCAGUGGACCGGAAAUCCAGGCCUACCUGAAACACACAGCCAUUAAAUACGGAGCGGACAAGUAUAUGAAGUUUCGUCAUUUCUGCGAGAAGGCUGAAUGGGCCGAGUCAGAGGCAAAAUGGCAUGUAACAUUCAAGAAACUUGACACCAAUGAGAUCGUUGUGGAUACUUGUGAUGUUCUCCUUUCGGCGGUUGGUCCUCUGAAUAAAUGGGAAUGGCCCAAGAUAGAUGGUCUCAAGAGCUUCAAGGGUCCCUUAAUGCACAGUGCAAACUAUGACACGAGCUUCGACCCAAUGGACAAACGUAUAGCUCUCAUCGGCGGUGGAUCUAGUGGAAUACAGAUGUUGCCACAAAUUGCCCCUGUAGCAAAACACGUGGACCACUAUAUGAAAGGGAAAACAUGGAUUCCACCAUUUGGCAUGGGAGCCCAGGGCGUGCUUGAUAGGAAUGGCGAGGCCAAAACUCCCGCCGAAGAGCUUGAAGCUUGGAAAGAUUCCAAAGUCUACCUCAAAUAUCGCCAUGAAAUUGAGAGUUAUCUACAUGCUGCAUCCGAUGUUCUAUACAAGGAUACGGAAAAUGCGCUGGCAUUUCAAAAACUGUGCGAGGAUCAUAUGAGGAACAAGCUGCUGAAGAAACCUGAAGUUUUCGAGGCUUUGAAACCUGACUUCGCUCCAGCUUGCCGACGACUCACACCAGGGCCCGGAUAUCUAGAAGCACUCGUGAGGGAUGAUGUCAACUUCAUUCCUCAGACUAUCAAAGAAGUCACUGAGACAGGUAUAAUCACCGAUGACGGGAUUUUGCGUGAGGUUGAUGCGAUCAUUUGCGCUACCGGAUUUGCAGGCUACAAACAGCAUUUCCCGAUUUUUGGCAAGAAGGGUAUUAAUUUGCAAGAUCAAUGGGAGAAAGACAUCCCUGAGAGCUACAUGGGAUUGGCGCCAGCGAACAUGCCAAACUACUUCAUCUUUCUUGGACCAAAUGGAGGUCCUGGAAUUGGAUCAACGGUGCCUUUCCUCGAAAACGGAGCCCGCUAUAUGAUCAAAUGCGUACAAAAGUUGCAGCGAGAGUGGAUUAGCUCUAUGACUCCAAAGUCUGAUGCUGUAAAGCUGUUCGGCAAGCAUACUGAUGAGUUUCUUGAGCCGACAGUCUUUAACUCGAAUUGUAGGGCAUGGUGGAGGCACAACACCAAUGGACGACUUCUAGCGCUAUGGCCAGGCUCUGCCUUGCACGGUAUCUAUUGUCUUGCCAACCCACGAUGGGAGGACUACGAGUAUGAGGUGAAAGAAGAACUCAAAGGGAAUCCCUUCGGAUGGCUUGGGAAUGGCUAUUGCACUGCACAGUUGGAAGGAAACAACAUGACGGCAUAUCUUGAGGAUGAGUUUUCUAAAGUUGCGGUCACGAAUCCUUUGGAGGUUAAGCUGGGGGAGGGCUGGGAUCCCGCCAUUUUGUAUCGUCUCACAUCGCGAUCAACCGAUCUGAUGGAUCCGAAAAUUGAGGAAAAGAACUUGGAGCAUUUGGAUACCUUGAGGCAUGAUUCCGAAGAAGUCCUUCCAGAGCAGGAUGAAGUCAAGCUCAGUAGUGUUCGAUUCAUAGGGACAAUCAUCGCAGCUGGGUUUGGCAUGAUCGGGGCGAGUGGAGCUUUUGCCCUACCAGCCUCUGUCUUGGGUGUGAUAAACAAUGACAUUGGACCCGACCCCAACUAUUUCUGGAUCGGUCUCGUGAACACUCUGAUGUUGUCGGUCGGAUUUACUCUUGUCGGCCGGGUGAGUGAUAUAUUUGGGCGACGAUACUUCAUCGUUGGAGGUACGGCCAUGAUGACGGUCGGAACCAUCAUAUCUUCUCAAGCAACCUCAAUCAACAUGCUUAUUGGAGCGAACGUUCUGGUCGGCCUAGGUGCAUGUGCACCUUCUUCGGUUGCAUAUAUCCUUGGAGAGCUUGUGCCGAUGAAACACAGGUAUUUACUUCUGGGUCUGAUGUUCUUGUGGAUGAUUCCUUGCGUGGCCUUUGGUCCAGCAGUUGCUUGGGCAUUUGUCUUGCACACCUCAGCAGGAUGGAGAUGGUGCUACUAUCUGAUGACCAUCACAAAUGGGAUCUCAGUGAUUGGAUACCUGUUGUUCUACUACCCGCCCAACUUCAAAAUGAAGAACACACAAUCGCGCAUGGAGCUCAUCAAAUCCUUCGACUGGAUUGGUCUCUUCUUAUUCACUGGUGGGCUUCUAAUAUUCUUGAUUGGCCUCUCUUGGGGUGGUACCGUCCAUCCCUGGAGGAGUGCUGAAGUUGUUGCCUUCAUCGUGUGUGGUGGAUGUGUUCUUUUGGCAUUCGUCGUUUACGAAUUCUUCGCUCAGUUGAAGGAGCCUCUGAUACCUCUGCACUUGUUCAGAAACACAGGAUGGGUAAUGAGCAUUGUGGUCAUGUCAGUGGCCGCAUCCUGUUACUACGGAUUCUCGAUCAUCUUCCCUCAGAUGGUCUUCGGCUUAUACACCACGGAUACUCGAUGGGGUUCCCUACUUUCGUGUGCCGGGCCAGCCAGCUUCAUUCUUGGAAUGGCCCUCUCGGGUUUGGGCAGGUAUAUCGGAAAGCAAAAAUGGCAGAUUGUCGCUACCUCAGUUGCGGCAACACCUUUGCUGGGUGGUAUUGCUUGUGCAACCGUUGACAAUAGGGCCACCGUCCUGGGGCUGCUGAUCGUCGGUGCCACGUUUAUAGGCUACAUCGAAGGAUUGAGCCUCGCCACUUCCGGUAUCGCAAUCGAAAACCAAGAAGAAAUUGGUACGGCUGUCGGCGUUGCCACCACCCUGAGAUCAGCCUGGUCCACCGUCGCAACAACGAUCUAUCUAGUGGUGUUGCAGAAUCGACUUGCUGAAGCUGUACCUGAUCUGGUUGUACCAGCCAUAACUGAAGCUGGCCUGCCAGAAUCGUCUGUGGCAUCUUUUCUGGAGGCCAUAGCAACUGGCUCUUUCGCGUCUGUUGUCGGAAUUACACCCACUGUAGUUGAAGCAGGCACUGCAGCGUACCAGCAAGCAUUGGUAUUUGCCUUUCGUGGUGUGUUUUACACGGCUCUUGCGUUCCUGAUUGUCAAUGCCAUUGCAGCACUAUUCUUCCCAAAUCUCGAUGACAAGAUGACGGAUCAGGUUGCAGUGAGGUUGCGAGACAUUAAGAGCGGUGGAGAUAUGGAGCAACAAGGUCCAACGACAACUUAG